UUUCUCCAUCGCGACCCAGAAGAUGCGCGAAAUUAUCGUCAAUUUGCUGUUCGGCGCCGGGAUCCUCGCUGUUAGCAGUGCGCUUUUUCAAGUCGCUAGCUUCUUCUUCAUCUACCUUCGCCCAUCCAAGCUGCACCGCUAUCGACACACAACCGCUGGAAAACCCGCGUGGGCUUUAGUCACCGGUUCCUCAGCUGGCAUUGGCAAGGCAUAUGCCUAUGAGCUUGCAUCUCAUGGUUUCAACGUGGCUCUGCAUGGCCGCAGCGCCGCAAAACUAGCAAAUGUCCGUGAGGAGCUUGCUGCAGCAUUUCCAAAUUGUUCCUUCAAGACAAUCGUUGCCGACGCGUCUCAGUGUGCAACGGAUACAAUUGUUUCGGCGCUGCAAGGUCUGAACCUGACGGUCCUGAUAAACAAUGCUGGCGGGGGUCCCUUUCCGAGUUUCGGCAUGGUGUCUGACUACACCGAGCGAGAGAUCAUGGAUAAUGUGAACCUCAAUGCCAUGUUUCCGACGUUGCUGCUCUCAAGAUUGCUCCCGACAUUGGUGAGCAAUGCACCAAGCUUGGUUAUCAACAUGGGCUCCAUGUCAGACAACGGGUUGCCGCUGAUGUCCUUCUACAACGGGAGUAAGGCUUUCGGCCGCAUCCUCUGUCAGACAUUGGCACAUGACAUGGCUCUCGAGGGUCAAGCAGUAGAGGUCAUGUGCGUACAGACGGGAGGUGUCACUGGGACGAGUAAAAUCCAGAUGAAGCCAGAUCUAUUUAAUCCGGAUACGAGGACAUUUGCAAGGGCGGCACUGGCGAGAGUGGGCUGUGGGAGGGCCGUGGUGGUGGGAUAUUUCCCUCACGCGAUGCAGCAAGUUAUGGCUGACAUGAUGCCCGGGAUUGUGAAGAGAAAGGUGUUCAUCACCGUCAUGAAAAAGCGGCGAGAGGAUGAAAGAAAGCGAAUAAAGAACAACUAAAUGGGUCGGCGCGAUGAGCGUGCGUUUACGUACAUUUUGACUGUGUAUUAGUGAGGUGUGAAGAUAAAUAGCAUAAGGCCUGGAGUAUCAAAGGUGAGAUCGGAUUACUGAAAACGUAUCGUUAACAUGAUAGACUGAGAUCUAAAUUGAAACCGUCCUACUGCCAA